AUGGGCAGAAUUGGGAAGCCGGUCCAAUCCAGUCGCGAUGCACGGGAGCCGCAAGUGCGACAACCCAAGCCGCCCCUCCCUCCCCUCGUCGCUUUUUCCCGUCUCAUCACGUCAUUGCCCCGAGCCCCAAAGACCGGGGGUCGGAUGGUUUGCUGCCCAGGUGCUGUCCAAUCGUGUCCGGGCUAG